AUGAAGUGGAGAGCAGCUUCUGGAAUCAUGUGCGAUAAAAGGAUCCCGCUAAAACUAAAAGGCAAGUUCUAUAGAGUAGCUUUUAGACCCGCUUUCUUAUACGGGUCAGAAUGCUGGCCGAUGACGAAAUCCCAAGCGUCCAGGGUGGAGGUAGCUGAGAUGAGGAUGCUAAGGUGGACUUGCGGGAAUACCCUAUCAGACAAGAUCCCCACGGGAGUUUUUAGAGUCGAACUUGAAGUAAGGACCAUCAUUACCGAGUUACGGGAAGGACGCUUGAGAUGGUUUGACCAUGUUAGGAGAAGAGACAAAACAACACCUUUAAGGAGAGUGAAAUCUAUUCACGUUGACGGCGUUCGAAGAAAGGGUAGGCCUAAGAUGGGGUGGGAGGAACGACUAUUGAAGGACCUAAAGGAGCUUGGAUUGUCGGAGGACUUGACGUCGGAUAGGACGGCCUGA